CCGACAGACGUGACGACGGCAGAACCGGCGACCAAAAAACGCAAACGAAAGCGAGCCACCGGGGAAAAGGGCAAGAGGAAAAAAUCCAAGAAAAUGAAACCCUCCACAUUACGGAGGAAUAUUAGGGACAUCCUUAAAGAGAAUGACCUUGACAAAGAGACCUUGGAUGCCCAGCAGGAAGAAGCGAUGCGUCGUCAGAGGAUUCUAGAGGUACAGAAAGCCCUAGAGGAGCAACGAAAGAAAGAGAUGGAAGAAAACGACUCCCAACUCAAGUCUCUGCUACAGAUGGAUGAUGAAGAUAAGAGCAGUGAUGUUAUAUAUCUGGACAGCAGUGACGAGGGGCGAUCAAGAAGGAAAUCCAAAGACAGUGAUGUGAUAGAACUGAGCAGCGAUGAGGAGGAUAUUCUGAUGACGAAAGACGAAGACAACGAGGUGGACCCCGAGGAUCCAAACAAUGCCGGCAGUCACAUCAACGACGCCCUCAACGUCCACGACGACUUCGGCCGAGUGUUGGUCAACAUCGGGCAUCCAUCCGACGAACCAGACAUAUUUCUGGCUCCCCAGAUAGCUAGAUACAUCAAAAAACACCAGAUUGGUGGUGUUCGGUUCCUGUAUGACAAUCUUAUCGAGUCCCUGAGCCGGUUUCGUAACAGCCCUGGUUUCGGUUGUAUUCUGGCUCACAGUAUGGGUUUGGGUAAGACGAUUCAGAUGAUCUCCUUUGUGGACGUGUUCCUGAGAUGUGCCAAGGCCCGCACGGUUCUCCUGAUUGUCCCGAUUAACACACUACAGAACUGGAUGGCCGAGUUCAACAUGUGGUGUCCCUCCCAAGAUAUGGUGGGAGAUCUAGGAACUGAUCAUGUGAUCCCCAGACCGUUCAACGUGUACCUCCUCAACGAUAACUUCAAAUCCACAGGGGCCAGGGCCAAGGUCAUAGGGGAGUGGUACACAAAAGGCGGAGUUUUAUUGAUGGGGUACGAGAUGUACAGAUUACUUUCUAGUCGUAAAGGUCACAUGGCCGACGUCAGGGUCAAAAAACCAAAGAAGACCUCAGCAUCUCCUGUCGUAAUUGAUGUGGAUGAAGAGGAUAAAAAUAAGGAACUCUUAGUGGGUGUCCAUGAAGCCCUGAUCAACCCAGGCCCUGACCUUGUGGUGUGUGAUGAAGGUCACAGAAUCAAAAAUAGCCAAGCUGGAAUCUCACAGUCCCUCAAAAACAUCAAAACCAGACGACGUGUUGUGUUAACUGGGUACCCCCUACAGAACAAUCUGAUGGAGUACUGGUGUAUGGUAGAUUUUGUCCGUCCCAAUUACCUCGGCACCAAAACAGAAUUCAGUAACAUGUUUGAGCGACCAAUCACAAACGGCCAAUGUCAGGACAGUACACCAGCGGAUGUCAAACUGAUGAGAUAUCGAGCUCACGUGCUCCACAGCUUACUGGAGGGGUUCAUACAAAGGCGAGGCCACACUGUGCUACAAGAAGCCCUGCCACCAAAACAGGAGUUGAUCCUUUUAGUUCGCAUGUCCUCAAUCCAGCGAACGCUAUACAGGGAGUUCAUGAACUCGCUUCAGGUUCAGAAUCUCGGGUCUUGGGCCAGCACCAACCCACUCAAGGCCUUUGCUGUCUGUUGUAAGAUAUGGAAUCACCCAGACAUUUUGUACAACUUAAUCCAGAAGAAGAAUAGCAUCACUGAUGACAACGACCUUGACAUUGAGACAGAAUCUGGUACAGGGGGGAAGAAGAAGAAAUGUGUCAAGAAGAAACCCCCUAAGAGCCCUCAGCCUGUAGACCAGUAUUACCCUCCUUAUGAAAGGGGGCAGGAGAUCAGCUAUGACUGGGUAAUUAUUAUAUUCUAUAUAUAA